AUGCAGCAGGAGAUGAGGCCGCAGCGGCUGCUGCAGCGCAUGCGCAGUAAGAGACUGAUUUGUUUUGAAAAACCGAGGGAGCCAGGAGUCGCGAGGAAAGAAGACACCGGAGGAAAGAGUCGCCACCAGAACAACUUUCUGAGAGUCCAGUUGAACCGCGCGUGGUUUGAAAGGGAUCAACUCCGGCAUGCGAAGCGCACACACGUCUACACUGUGACCGACUUAGAAAAAGAAAUACGUGGACUGGAGCGGCGUCUGGAAGAGAAAAGCAGCAGUGAGAGCAGCGCAUCAGGUGAAUCUGAUGUCUCCCCCAAAGAGACGAGCGUGGAGUCCCAGGUGGAACAGGUGGAAAACAUCCAGCACCUGGAGAAGAGCGAGAUGGCUGAGACUCAGAAGAGACUGCAGAUGCAGCGAGUCUUUCCCAAGAAGCACUGGGAGUGUGUGACCAGCUGUGAGUUCCUUCAGUCAGUGUUGGCAGUGAAGCAGGGCAGCUGUCCUCCUCCGGAGAAAACCAGUGGCCUUGCAGCGGCUUGCGUGGAGAGCUGUGAUCAUGACCAAGAAUGCUCCGCUCAGAAGAAAUGCUGUUCCAACGGCUGUGGCCACACCUGCCAGUCUCCCAAAGACCUUUACAAGGGUGCUCCUCUAAAGCCAAGAAAGGAGCUGGGAUUUGAAGAACUCUCCUCUGGCCAGUUGGAGGUGCGCUGGUCCUCCCGCUUAAACAUCACAGCUGAGCCUGUUGUGUAUGUCCUGCAGAGCAGAUGGAACUUUGGCAUCCAGCCCAGUGAGGACACUGCCACCUCCUGGCAGGUGGUUGCACAGACCACGGAACCAGGAGCCAGGCUCUCUGACAUUCGGCCAGGUCGCUGGUACCAGUUCAGAGUGGCAGCUGUCAACACCCAUGGGACCAGAGGUUUUACCACACCCAGCAGACACAUUCAGUCCAGCAGAGACCCGUCCAAUCCUCCAGCUCCCACUGAGCUGAGAGUGGCCAGUAUGAGCUUUGGCCCCGGCAGGGUGGUCUCUGCCAGGCUCCAGUGGAGCAUGCCUGCGGACCUGGAUGUUUCCGUCCACCACUAUAAGGUCAGUUGGAGCUGGACUGCACUUGGACAACCCACUGCUUCAUCCCUGACCAAGAGAAGGAAGACAGUCAGAGAGAGCCAGGUGGAGCUGGACAGCAUGCGGUCUAACAGGAGCUACAGUGUGGAGGUCCAGGCUGUGUCCUACUGGGGACAAACUCAGCUGAAAGGACCCCGAGCCAUCCUCCACUUCACCACACAGCGCACCACCAGUGCUGUUCCAAGAAACCCUACAGGUGACACUCUGGAUGUAGGGACACCAUUCUAUCAGGACGGGCAGCUCCAGGUUCAUGUUUACUGGCAGAGCAGCAUGGAUCCUACAGUAGAAUUCUACAGAAUCCAGUGGGGGCCAGAGUAUUGUGGACACAACCAGACUAGACCCAUGGAGAAGACGAGCACACAGGAGAGCUUUGUCAGCCUGCAGGGGCUGCUGUUCUCCUGCAGGUAUAAAGUCGUCCUGCAGCCAGUCAGCAAGAAGAGUCAUCCUCUGACCGACAGCAUCAGCUUCUUCACUCCCUCCUGUGCCACCAUCCAGGCCAAAAGUCCACAACUCGUGACCUGUCCUGUAGACAAAGUGUCCCCUCAGAAGGUCCUGGUGAAGGCAGCCAACCUGACAGCAUCCUUUGAGGUCCAGGGCAGCAACAUGACAGCCAUUUUUGGCUGGGAUUUGUCCACUGCCUCACCCCACCAGCAGCUGACUGGUUACCAGGUGACCUGGGCAGAGGUCAUCCCCACCAACCGUCACAACAACAACAAACUGCCUCACAGUCUCAUCUCCCAGUCCCAAAUCCUACCCCCGGAUGAUAAUGUUCUGAUCGUGUCGGGCCUGCACCCCGCCAGUCUCUACAGGCUGGAAGUCCAGGCCAUCACAGCUGAGGGUGAAGGUCCUGCAACCAGCCGAGCCUUCCAGACACCAGGACACCAAAGCACCGGGAAAUACAGACCCAGGCAGAGGAACCAUCAACAUAAACAACCAAUCAUUGAGAGGCAGUGAGGCUAGGCAGCCAAUCAUCUUGCAUGAACCAAGUCUCCCAAACUCAAGAUGAUCAAGAAUCCACAGAGCGGUGAAAACUAAUGACAAGUGUAGCCUCGCCAGCUUCAUGAUGACUUCUCCAUAACAAGUAGCAGCAAUUUUAAUCCCUCCCUGCAGUAUCUUACAAAGGACUGGGCUUUUUCCGUUAAAGCUGCUGCAGAUGCUGUAGCACAUACUGUAUUACUGACUCCCAGCUAAGAGAUAAAUCUCACCACUUCAUACAUCAUAAUGGC